AUGAGUGAAAAUGUCCAGCGAUCCUCCGCUCAAACCAGUGCUAAAACAACAAUAACAAUAAACAAAGGAGCAGCACUGCCAAACACCAGCAAUGAGCCACCACCGCCGCCCAUAUCCGCUUCCACAAAAGCGUCUGCAGCUGCCAAAUUUAUGAUUUCUACGCCAACACCCACGCCCACGUCCAAAGACAACGCGCGAACUACCAAAACAAGCAGCACCAGCAGCAAAGAAACCAAAAAGUCGCAAAUUAUGGCUGUUGCUGCACCCUUAGUCGGUGCUAAUGCAACCAUUGCGCUGGACAAUUCACCGCCAAUGGUGCCAGUACCCGUGGCCGCGUUUGGCAAAUCCCCACCCAUUGCCGGCACACAAUCGGUAUCACAGCCAGCAUAUCACGUUGCAGCCACACAACUACCCACGGUGUUACCUUCCAGGAUGACGGAAUCCAAGACCAGUCUAUGCUCGCCGGUUUCUUCACCUCUAGGCGGGCGCAAAAAUCGGCCACUCUUGCCGGCGAGUCCCAAGUCCACUCCACCGGUCGCACGCAAGAACUAUCAUCUCUCCUACAAUACCGCUACUGGUACAAUAACAUCGCCGAUUUCAAUACCGGCGGUACCGCCACACAUGAUGGCCGCCAUGACGUCUAGCCCAGGUUCGUCUCUGUCGCUAUCCUCGUCGACCUCGUCACCUUCGUCCUCGCCUCCGCCACCCGUGCCAAUGCGUGCGCCCAAAUACAGUUCUAGUGGGAACGUGCACCGAUUGCUAAAUGCGAGCCCGAAGGAUGGUGCGGCGACGCCUUUGAAAGGUUUCAACUGUGUGCAUGGCGCCAAGCCAGUCGUGGGCUCACCGAAUAAUCGAACGGGCAGCGGCAUAGGCGUACGAUUACCACCAGAAGCCACUGCGAGCUCGUCUAAACCUUUGCCUGAGUUCGACUUGGACAAAUUGGUGGCACAACAGAAAGAGCUGGAGAAGCAGACAGCGGCUGUAAAAAUGGAUGCAAACAUUUACGAUGCAGAGAUUGAAAUGAUGAAUAAAUAUCUCAAAAGUCUACCCGAUUACACUGAGCUCGAUAAGAAAUUGCAUAAGGAAUUUCAGGAGUGCGAAGACUUAUACGAUCGCUUAAAACGUCGGCAGGCACCCGUUUCUAAGUCAAACUCCCGCCAAAGCGUCAUAAUACCCGCGCAAAGUGGCCAACAAUCGCCAAGCAAUUACUUCGAACCGGUCAACAAUUUAACUAAGUCAUCAUCUAUAAAUUUCGGUAAUCCUCUUCCCUCGUUGCAAAGUGCACAAUCAACUACAGCCGCCAACCGCUCACGGCUGGCAUACCCGUCGAUUUUUGCCUCACUCGGCCAGCAACAAAUGCCUAAACUACAACGCAGCACCUCAAGUAAUAGCAUGCCGUACUCAAAUCAGCCACAAUAUGCUGGCAUCCAAGGAUUUAUGGCAUCUGGUGGCUUGCCACAAUCGAGCCAACUGUCGGCACAGCAGAAGGACUCGGCCACCAACGGCUCAAACCUUUCAAUUAACAAACAGCUUAUGAAUGAUUUCUGGACGGAGAAUCUCGCCUCUUCACAGAAGCAUCAAACUCCAAAGCGUUCUAUAUGGAACUAUGAAAAGAUCUGUGCGCCUACGGUUAAUACAGUAGGAGCCGCGGGUGCGCCAUUAAAAGUGGAUGCACAAACAGCGAAAAAGCUCGCCAUAUUCGAUCCAACUGUUGCAGAAGCAGCACAAAAAGAACUCCAAAAGCCAAAUAAACUGCAAAAGAACGCAUCACUCUCGCAUUUGGAUAUGAAGGUGCGGCAGGCCGUUACCAAAGAGGAUCUUUACAAGCUAAUAUGCAAUGAAAAUUCACCCACCAAUCCCACGGCGCCCACAAGCUUCGUGAGUAAAGUGCCCGUGAAGAUAAAUACACAACAGUCAACACCACAGGUGCAGCCGCCGCCACAACAACUAACUCAAUUGGCGCCAUUGAACAAAAGCGUUUCACUCUCACAUGUGCCCUCUGGGCUGAUCUCCACACACGCGAACUCUGGGAAAACGCAAACACAGGCACAAUUCCCUGCACCGACAACGAAUAAUCUGACGCGUUCAUCGAGUCGCACACACAUACCCUGCUACAUGAAACAUUUGCCUGCUUUGAGUCGGAGCACAUCAAACACGGCCAUUCUGCUACCCGCGCCCCAAGCAGCAGCAACCGCUGCGAAGCAGAUUAGUCAGCCCAAAGCGCUAAUGACCAGUUCGGCAACAACGUUGGUCACGCCGAUAGGAGGAACGAAUCCACCCCGUGGUUUACUUAAGAGCUCUUCGAGUUCAAGUGUUUUUGGCGUUGGAGCGGCAGCUAAAUAUAGUCCGUUCUAUAUGCAGCAGCAACAUCAACAACAACAGCGGCCCAUUGGCGGUGAGUCAUCAUCCCAAACUAUGCUAGCAGCCGCUGCGGCCACACUGACACCGGCCAAAACUUCAGCCACCACUCCACUUGCGCCUGCAAUGACAACUUCUUUGGUGGCUCCAAGUGAGAAACCGAAAUCGGCGCUGAGUGAUGAGUUGAUGAUACGGCAGAAGCAGUCACAAGCGCUGGCACAAGUGCACCAGCAACAACACAAGAAAACAGAAAAACCGCAGCCGGAAAGUAAACAACAACAGACGCAGACGCAGCAGCAAGACGGCAAACAGUUGCAAACGCGGCCACAAAAGCAAAAUGUGUCAAGCAACAACGCCAACAUCAAAGUGGCGUGCGCUGCGUUGAGUAAAGAGUCUGGAACUGCUGUGACAGUUGCCGCGAGUGCAGCUGAUGUUGGAGCGGCCGCCGUCGUCACCACUACACCGUCAUCGUCUGAUCGCAAAUCGGAAAAGAGCAACAGCACGAUCAGCACGAGUAGUGUUACAACAACGAAUUGUUGCGCCACACAUUUGCCGCAGUUGUCGAAAUUCACAUCAUCAUUUCACAUACCGUCGGCCGAUGCCAAGACAGGCCAACAGCAGCCACAUGCAAAGCAAACCGCUAGCAGUGGUGGCAGCGCAAUGAGCGGCACUGCAGUUGUACAUAGUAGCGGGGAGACGGGCUACAAAGUCAACAAAACACAAAGUAGUGCCAAUUUGGAAUUGACGAAGCGUCAAAAGGAUGCGGAUAAUAAGAUCGAGAAAUGUUUGAAUGAAAUGAUGAAAAUCGGCAGCAGCAACAACAACAGCGACAGUAGCACUAGCGCCACUGCAACAAGUAACACAGUGGGCAGCCCAAAUAGUAAAGUGACUGAAGGUCAUGUCAACACGAAAGCAUUGUAUCAGCAACAACAACAGCAGCAGCAACAGCCGUUGCCAUUGUCUAAGAAAAGUUACCCCAUAGGCAAGUCGAAUUCCACCUCGCAGAUUCCAUUUGGUUACCAGCGCCAAGUGUUGCAGCCACAAUUGCAACCGCUGCAGCAGCAUCAACAGCAACAGCAACAAUUACACCAGCAGGACUUGCUGCGCCAAAAGAAGCCGCAAGCGUUGCAACAACAACAACAAAUGGUGGCACCAUCACAACAACACGCCUAUCCGCAACAGAAGCGACCCUUCCUGAAUUGGAAUUCAUUUGCCUGCUCAGCUAUGAGUGGCGCCACUGAUCCGUUCAUGCAACACCAGCAGACGGCGCAUAAUUUGCAGCACGCCGCUUCUGCGACAAGCGUUGGCAAAAAGCUUAUGCAACAGCCAUCCGCACAAGUUCAUCAUCAGCAGCAGCAGCAGCAGCAACAACAGCAACUGCAGCAGCCGAAAAUCGCCACUGGCCUAGCAGCUUUCUUGCAAAAGAACAACACCAAUAAGGAGAAUAAAUAUAUGAGUCCGCUGCAACAACAACAACAAACACAGUAUUUGCCAGGCUUUUUGCCAGCUCAAAAGCAGCAGCAACAACAACAGCAACACCAUCAGCAGCAGCAGCAACAGGCCAAAUACAAUUUCUUGUACGCUCAACAGCAGCAGCAGCAGCAGCCAACCACGCGGCUUGGUGGCAAUGCCUUGGCGCAUUCUGCAUCCUUUAGCACGGCGCAAAGGCCCAAUGGCUUCCAAUUAAUGGGUAGCAGGCCGCAGUUGUUGCCUGGGCAGUACUUCAAUGUGCCAACAGUGCAACAGCAGCAGCAACAGCAACAACAACAACAACAACCACAGCCGCAACCAUUGCAAUCCGAGCGUAAAGUAUUGCAAACCUUUGAGCCAUAUCUGUACCCGAAGCAGAGCAACUACAGCCUCGGCAGCAUGCAACAGAAACUAUAUCAGCAGCAACAGCAGCAACAUAAUGGCGGUGGUGGUGUUGUUUUGUCGCAGCACAACACACAAGCACAACAACAACAGGCAGGCGGCAGCGCUUCAUACCAUGCCGCGCCAUUUCCACUCACACAAUCAGCCUCCACUUCGGCCAUGUGCUACGAUGCGUACCGACCGUUGGCGCCGAACCAAGUUGCCGUUGCUGGCCAUCAGCAACAAGUGCUAAUGCAACAGCAACAAAGUAAUUCAGUUAUUUUAAAUCAAUCACAAAAUCAAAUGUCCAAAUCCGCACUAGCACUACACUAUAUCGAGACAGCAAAGCCCGUCAUACAAGAUGAUGCUGAUGGCCACUUGAUAUAUCACAACGGCGAUAUACUUCAUCACAGAUAUAAAAUCAUGGCAACUCUGGGCGAGGGUACGUUUGGACGCGUUGUCAAGGUCAAGGACAUGGAGAGGGACUUCUGCAUGGCCUUGAAGAUUAUAAAAAAUGUGGAGAAAUAUCGUGAAGCUGCCAAGCUAGAAAUUAACGCUUUGGAAAAGAUCGCCCAAAAAGAUCCACAUUGUGAACAUUUGUGUGUAAAAAUGAUUGAUUGGUUCGACUACCAUGGUCACAUGUGCAUCGUUUUCGAGAUGUUAGGCUUAAGUGUGUUCGAUUUCUUGCGCGAGAACAACUAUGAACCAUAUCCAUUGGAACAAGUACGACACAUGGCCUAUCAAUUAUGUUACUCAGUGAAAUUUUUACAUGAAAAUCGCUUAACGCACACCGACCUCAAGCCUGAAAAUAUACUCUUUGUCGAUUCGGAGUAUACAACGCAUUAUAAUCACAAAAUUAAUCGCGAAGUGCGUCGCGUCAAAAACACCGAUGUUCGUCUCAUCGACUUCGGUUCGGCUACAUUCGAUCACGAGCAUCAUAGCACAAUUGUAUCGACACGUCACUACCGUGCACCGGAGGUUAUUCUUGAAUUGGGUUGGUCGCAGCCUUGUGACGUCUGGUCAAUUGGCUGCAUACUCUUCGAAUUGUAUCUGGGCAUAACACUUUUCCAAACGCAUGACAAUCGCGAGCACCUCGCAAUGAUGGAGCGUAUUUUGGGUCAAAUACCAUAUCGCAUGGCACGCAAUCAUUGUCAUUACAGUAAAACAAAAACAAAAUACUUCUAUCACGGUAAGUUGGACUGGGAUGAGAAGUCAUCGGCUGGACGCUAUGUACGCGAUCAUUGUAAGCCAUUGUUUAGAUAUCAAAUGAGUGAUACCGAAGAUCAUUGCGAACUCUUUGAUCUGAUUAAGAAAAUGUUGGAAUAUGAACCAUCACAACGGGUGACGUUAGGUGAUGCGCUACGCCACCCAUUCUUCGACAAGCUCCCACCGCACCAACGUGUUGGUGAAGUUGGCAACAACAAGCAGGCCAUUUCUUCGGGUAGCAGCAGCAGUCGCGAACGUUCGCACAGCUUGUCAAGAUGAGAUUUAGCGCGAUUUGGUUAUUGUUAAUUAAAAUUAGAACAUCAACAGUGAACGGCACAGCAGCAGAAGAUGAAUAAGGAGACGAAGAAGCAGUAGAUGAUGAUGAAGAAACAAUAAACAACAACAAAACCAUCAAUAAACAAACGGAAAAUAUGAUGCAACUAUGAAAGCAGUAUGAAAGGCAAUUCCUAGGCGCAACGCAAGCAGCAUACACAACAACAGGUGAAGCGCAACAACAACAACAACACCACAAACCAUGUGAAACCACGAAAGCCACGAGAAAAAAGGCAAACAACGCAUCAACCUAAAGCAGCAGCAUCGUCGUCAACAACAACAACAACAACAAUUAGAUAGCAGCGUAAAAUAGGAACAACAUAAUUUGAUAAACUAUAUAGAAAUACAUACCUGCAAGCAUACAACAUACAACAACAACAAUAACAAUAGUAUGAAACACAAACAACAAACAACAAAGAUACACAAAACAGCAACACUUAGAAGAAGAAGAAGAAGAUGAAGAAAGGCAUACUCAGUUAAGAUUUAAGCAACAAUAAUACAAAUCCAAGUAAUAGUCCAGCUACUUUUUAUAAAAAAUUCGUUUUGUUUGCACAACAAAAACAAUACCUUUUCUAUGAUAAAGAAGCAUAAGAAAAGGAAGACUCGACUCGAACUAUUUGGAGGCGCGGUACACAAACACAAGAAAAUUGAGCAACAAUAGAAGGAAAACAUUUUUCGCGCACAUCCACACACACACACAGAAACGGCAACGCAUCCAUGUUUGUUUGCUUUGUUCGCUUUUGUGAGAAUAUUUUCUUAAAACUUUUCAAGUUACAAAGUUACAUAAAAAUUAUGUGCUUUGCUUUCAAGCGGCACCCACGCAUGUACCCACAUACAUGCGCCGCGCACAUAUCUACACUCUAUUACACUCUUACAUAUAUAUUUUGUAUUUUGCUCAUUUGUAAUCAUGUGCGAAUUUCAAUGAAAUUUUCUGCCAUUUUGCCAUUGCUGUGCGCCAGUUUGUGUGUGUGUGCAAAAAUCAGCAGGCAAUCAAGCAAUAAGCGCUGGCAUUGCAAGGCAAUUAUUUUUACCAUUAAUAUUUGUAAUAUUUAAUACAAAAGAAAAAAGAAAAUAGAGAGAAAAAAAUAACGAAGUUUCCUUGAUUUGUUACAUCUGACGCAAAACCUCACUUUGAAGCCGGAACAUUAAUAAAAGAUUAUUUUGCGCAAAUAAUUGCA